AUGGUCAACGAUCAGGAGCCGACAUCAGUUACAAUCAGUAGGCACGUGUCGGGCGACUCGAAGCGUGCGUUCGGCGCCGAGGAAGGCGAGGGCGAGAGCCUGUGCGGGGCCGUGGCGGGGGCGGGCGGCGCGGACGCGGCGUGGUGGGGCGCGUGCGCGGCCGAGGCGGUGGGCGCCGCGCUGCUGGUGCUGCUCACGUGCCUGCCCGCCUGCGCCGAGGCGCCGCCGCUGCAGCGCGCCCUCGCCGGCGGCCUCAUAGUCGCCACGCUCGUGCAGUGCUUCGACCACAUCUCGGGCGCGAUGAUGAACCCGACGGUGACGCUGGCGGCGGCGGUGUGCGGCCGCGUGGGCUGGGCGAAGGGCGCGGCCUACUGCGCGGCGCAGCUGGCGGGUGCGCUGGCCGGCGGCGCGGCGCUGCACGCGCUGGCGCCCGCCGCGGCCGCGUGUUGCCGCACCGCGCCCGCGGCCGGAGUGGCAACGUCGCGCGCCGCCGCGCUCGAGGCGCUGCUGGGCGCGCUGCUGGCGCUGGCCAACUGCGCCGCCUGGGACGCCGCCAACCGCCGCCUGCUCGACUCCUGGCCGCUGCGCAUCGGCCUCACCGUCGCCGCGCUCUCGCUCGCGGCGGGCGAGCUGACCGGCGCCAGUAUGAACCCCGUGCGCAGUUUGGCGCCAGCGCUCUUCAGCGGCGACUGGAGCGCGCAUUGGGUGUACUGGGCGGGCCCCUUGAGCGGCUCGCUGCUGGCCUCGGGCCUGUACCGCUGCGCGUGGCGAUCGCCCCGCCAAGCCCCCCCUAGGGGCCUU